AUGAUAACUGCCCUCACAAUGGCUGGUAUGGUCUCCUCAUCGGCCGAUCCAUCACAACACCAAAUGAUGACAACGGCCUCAACCAUUGGGACCGUAACCACAGCCAUAUCGGUGCUCAACACGACGGCAAUGACCACAAACAGUACGAUACGGGACGAGAAUCUGGCGCUCAUAGAAGUGGCCACUUUGGGCACACUAUUCGUGCUCAUCGUGUUUGGCAACUGUUGUGUGCUGUUGGCGUUGGCCCUGCGGCCGCUCAAAAUGACCCGAAUGUAUUACUAUCUGCUCCACCUGUGCAUCUCCGACCUGAUCACCGGCUUCUUCACAGUACUGCCGCAGUUGGCGUGGGAUAUCACGUACCGCUUCAACGGGGGUAACAUACUGUGCAAAGCGAUCAAGUGCACGCAGAUUCUGGGGCCCUACCUGUCGUCGUACGUGCUGGUGGUGACGGCGAUCGACCGGUAUCAGGCCAUAUGUUUCCCGCUGUCCAACUGCUCAUGGACACCCCGUCGGUCAAAGUUGAUGAUAGCGUGCGCGUGGAUCAUCUCGAUCGUUUGCAGCGCUCCCCAGGCGUUCUUCUUCUCCUACCAGGAGAUACCCCACUUGACCGGUGUCUACGACUGUUGGGGCACUUUUCCCCAACCUUUCGGCGAACGUAUUUAUGUCACGUGGUAUGCGGUCAGCGUCUUCUUCGUGCCGCUGGCGGUACUCGUGUUCACUCAUUUCUAUAUCUGUCGCGAGAUUUGGGUCAACGUUAGCCUCAAACGCAAGACCGACAAGAAUCGCGAGAAACAGUUCAACGAUUACAAUAACAGCAAACAACUCACAGCCAAUGACAAUCGGCCCAAACACUGUGUGAUCACAUUCAAUGAGUCGAUGCACAACUCGAGCCCACGAGUGAAUACUGUGAACAGACUGUCGAGGGCUAAGAUUAAGACCGUGAAGAUCACUGUUGUGGUCAUAUUGUGUUACAUCACGUGUUCGUCGCCCUUCAUAUUUGUCCAGUUGUGGGCCUAUUGGGUGCCCAGCGCUCAGAAUUCGGACUUUUGGGCCGAUGCCUUUGAGAAAACAAUUCCGUAUAAUCUCUCACUCAUUCCUAUGGUCUGGAAGUUUGACAACUCUUUCGACUUCUAUUGA